UCGGCGAUCCUCCUGUGCGCUCCCAUUCGCCGCGCUAUCUUUGCUCCCACCUGCCCUCCUCCAGCCCACGGCGCACGUACUGCGGCGGGCGUGCGUCCGACUGCUGAAUACUCGGCAGUAGGUGGUCAGUACACUGAUUUGGGCGGGCUGAACGUGGCUCAGGAAAUGCUGCAUUGAGCCAAAGCCGUGUAGGGCAGUUGUUGACGCUGAGCCGCCGCUCACAAUACUACCCGACAUGUCUACUUCCUACAGGACCAGGCGAGCAUCAUGUUUGCCAGCCAGCCUACUGUCCGACUAGCCCUGAAGUACAGUACUGUCUAUAUCCUCCUGGUUUCGUCUGGCCACAACUGGUGGACAAAAUUUGCGACGCGUCCAUUGUCAACCGUCCAACAUGGCAUCAAAGGUGGACGAGCUACCUACAGAGCUCAUCGUGCGCGUCUUCGCUGAACUCAACUGUGCCGACUUGGUGAGAUACAGAGAGACAGGCGGCGUCUGCAAGCUCCGCUACGUUGGCGAUGCCAGGACAUUGUACAGCUUUGCGUUCCUAUCUGAGCGGCACGUCCUCCUCGGGCUCGCGCAGCGGAGUCUAACCCAGGCCGAGCUCCAGGCGAGAGAUCGGACGGCGGAGGAGCCCCAGCUCCUAGUCGUCGACUUCCUUGCGGGCACUGGCGAACUGGUGAAAAUGCACGAGGCCGACUUUCUCUGCGCGUUCUACUACCCUAGUAUGGUGCGCGAAGCUGUGCCGUUGGGCAUCACUAUCCGUUCAGACUCUGAGCCUGGAUGGACAUCACAUCCGGACUCCCCGGUCCCGUUCUUCACCGCCCGCGGAGACCGAUUGUUGGUGAUUACUUUUAUUAUUUUCUCCGGCGAGACAAAGCGUCGGUUCAGUUGGGACGAAUGGGGCCCGAACCAGACGCAAAUGAUACGCAAGCCCCGCCACCACUCUGAUGUGUGGGCGCGCCACGUGUUCGGUAUGCGGUGUACGACUUUGGUCGAUUUGCGCGCGAUCGUCGAGCGGCACCGGAGCCGGGAGAAGGAGAAGAGGAAGGGGAAGACAUUUGGUUCGGAAGACCAUUGGAUGAGCGACGAGACAGAAAUGCCAGAGGGCAUCUUUGGUGACAAGGUCGCGACGUCGCUGCCCUACCACAUGCGCACCAUGAUUCCGCCCAGGGGCGACGGCGAGAAGGACUUCGAGUGCGUCAUGCUCAGCGAGGACACUAUAAUAGUCGUCAUGUGCAAUGACGAACGCCACCAUCGCAACACUCGACUAUUGACGUUCUGGAUCCGGAUGGGGAUCUCGCUGGAUGCGGUCAUGAGGCGAAUCACUACGGUUCUCCCCGUGAUUCUGCUACACAUAUGAGGACGCCGACAGAUGAUCGUCAGGUCGUCCUGUGGUCGCAGCCAAUACAGCUGCGGAGACUUUGCAUUGCUAAGGCAGGCGUCCUACCGGAUAUCAGGAAUGAAGUCCGCGCAUCAUGGCACGUUGACGCUGUUUGCAGAAACCUCCGUCCGUGCAGCGGAGGAAUGUAUCGAAGCCAAUGUAUCAUAGACAGCGUAAUGAGUUAUAGUAGACAUUGCGUGACGUGCUAUAACUGAGCAACAUGCGCCGUUGGGUGCAGUAGACGAGGGAUUAAGGUCAUAGGCUUGGGGCCAUGAGCAGCUGGUCGAGCCGAACGGGAAGCUGAACGUCG